CUUUCCGUCUCUCUACUCAACUCUUUGACCAUUGACCAGUCAAAGUCCCUUCGAUUCCAGUAGCAGCAACCUGAAUCCCAUUCUUCUCAUUAAAAUCGUCACUUCAGCCACUUCAUCCUCCAAUCCAGCGAGCAUCAUCUCGUUCUUCCAUUGGUAGGAGGGGCUAGAUGUCGCCAUCAUUCCAAAAUCUCUGUUCCAGUUGAAGUAGUUCUUGUUGAUUUGUCUUUUUUUUUUCUUGGUCUGUUUAAAAAAAGAUAAAAAAAAAAUAAGUUUGGGAAUGGAGGCCACCGCAGAUGAUGGCUGGGAUUUCGACGCGCUGGUGGCGGCGCUGACGCAGGGGGAAGAGCAGCUGCGACAGCUGUGUGCGUCCAUUGCUGAGCGGUCUCCGGCCGAGCAAGAGAAGAAGCUCGCUCUGGGGGCGCAUUCCUGCUUCAAGAAGGCCAUCUGCAUAGCCCAAGCGAUGGACUCCGGCCGGCUCCGGGCGGCCUCGGCGUCGGACUCGCCGCGCUCCAACAGCUGCCGCAGCCCGCAGAGCGACAGCUCGGAGCGGGCAGUCAAGGAGCACGAGCGCAAGGAGAUGUGCAAGAAGAGGAAGACGCUGAGGAAAUGGACGAGCCGUGUCCGGGUGUCGGGAUCGGAUGGCCAUGACGACGGAUUUAGCUGGCGAAAGUACGGGCAGAAGGACAUCCUCGGCGCCAAUCAUCCAAGAGCUUAUUACAGAUGCACCUAUCGCAAUGCCACCGGAUGUCUUGCGAUGAAGCAGGUGCAGCGGGCGGACGACGACCCUUCCGUCGUCGACGUCACCUAUCGAGGAGAGCACACUUGCCUCCAGAACCAGAGGCCGAAGCCGUCGCAAGGAUCGCUGAGCGUCGCGGAGGAGAAAGAGGCUCCUCAGGACCAGCAGCUUCUCCUGAACUUCCAAGCGAGCCUCAAGGUGGAAACAGAGGGCUUGAGCUCCGACAACUCCUUCUCCUUCGCUUCCACGCCCGUGAGCGGCGGCUUCUCACCAUCCUUCGUCUCGCCCGCGACCCCUGAGUCGAGCAACUUCUUGCUAUCGCCGUGGCGAAUGAGCGGAAUCGGGGAUUUAUUCUCUGCCGUGGCUCCGGCGGAUGCCUACGGCUCCGAUGUCGGGUUCAUGCUCGACUCGGCCGGCUUCGAUGAGACUUCCCCGUUCGAAGCUGCUGACUUCUUCCCUGACUUAUAAGCAAGCAUUCGAUUGUACGGAACUGGAUUCCAGCGGCCGACCGUAGUUUUCCAUGAUGUUCUAAUUUCCCAUAACAUUCUUUAUGCAACGGAAUAAUCUGAACAGAGUUGCUGUUUUUUCUUGUUCUCGA